CUUUGCCAGGCGCACGGGAGCACGUCCCCCUCCAGCCAGCCGCCCCCAGCGCGGGGCUCCCGCGGUCAGCCUCGCGGCAACCCUAGCUGAGUGGGCAGCCCCGGGGCGUGCGGGGCCCAGCUGAGCACGCAGUCUUUCGGCCCCACCUCUCAAGUUCCGCAGUCAGCGCCCGGCCAGUCCCCGCGGCACCUGCUGCGCCCUCCUCACGCUUUCCCAAUCCCCAGCCUCCCAACCUUGGAAAACUACACUCUCCCUCUCUCCCUGACGUCCCUGUCCUGGGGACGUGCGGAGGCGGGAGAGGAGGUCGAUAGGAAGGGGGUGGGGACGUGAAAAGAAGGUCCCAGCCUGCCUCGCCCGCCACCCCCACCCCAACUCGGCAGCCGUCACGUGGUGCCUGGAGUGGGAGGUGGGGAGAAGAGACUAGACUUUUUUGGGUGCUUCGGCUCGCCAGUAGUUCCUCCAGUCUCAGCUGCUAACUCCGGAGGCGCCGCGCUCUGCCCGGGAGCGCCAGCGGUAGGAGCGGCGACCCGCAGCCGGGAGCCCGGGUACGGGCGAUGCUGGCGCCGCCGGCGGCACCUGCGGCUCCUCUUGGCGGCGGCGGUGGCCUCGGCGGCAGGAGCGCGGGCCCCAGCAGCCUCGGCAGCCACAGCCGCUGCGGCCCGGGCAGCCUCCGCCGCGGUCGCCGCCUCUGAUGCGCCUGCCCUCUCCCGGCUCCGCGGCUCCGGGAGGAUGUGGGUCCUCGGCAUCGCAGCAACUUUUUGCGGAUUAUUCUUGCUUCAAGGCUUUGCGCUGCAAAUCCAGUGUUAUCAGUGUGAAGAAUUCCAGCUGAACAACGACUGCUCCUCCCCCGAGUUCAUCGUGAAUUGCACGGUCAAUGUUCAAGACAUGUGUCAGAAAGAAGUGAUGGAGCAAAGUGCGGGCAUCAUGUACCGCAAGUCGUGCGCGUCAUCAGCAGCCUGCCUCAUCGCCUCGGCCGGGUACCAGUCCUUCUGCUCCCCUGGGAAACUGAACUCCGUGUGCAUCAGCUGCUGCAACACCCCUCUUUGCAACGGGCCCCGGCCCAAGAAACGGAGCAGCUCUGCCUUGGCCCUGCGGCCAGGGCUCCCCACCACCGUCCUGCUCCUGCAGUUAGCGCUCCUCCUGGCUCACUGCUGAAGGUGAAGGGGAUGCUCACCCCUCCUGCAUCGUUCUUUGGGCCCUACGCUCCCUCUGCUCCCCAAGCUUCUCCUGGGUGUCCUGUUCUGGGUGGGGAGGGGCGUGUGUUCUCUUUCUUUCAGUUCCUUC